AUGUCAGUUUCUAUUCAUUUAACAACACGAAAGGUCGAAGUUCAAUGCACAGUACCAACAGAGUCAACAAGUAAAAUUCGUUGGCAAUCAUUUAAUGGUAAAAUUUAUGUUGAUUAUAAUAGUAAAUUAAACGAAGACAUUGAACAUCAUUAUCUAAUUAAUAACAAAGGAAUCUUUGUUUUAGACAAAGAGCGGUAUAUUGAUUUUAAUGAAAUGCUUGAGUGUAGAUUAGAUGUUAAUAAUAGAAACAGAAUAAUUCGACGAUUUGUUGAUAGUCAUUACGAAGAACGUGUUCAACAAGAAUAUCAAAGAAAGUCUGAAGAAGAAGAGAAAAGAAAAAGUGAAGAAGCUAGGUUUAAUGAAAUUCUCUUAAGAAGAAAAUCAAGCAAUGAAUUAAAAAAGAGAAAAGCCUCUACUAGUAUUCGUAAUGACACAAUUGUUUUAACUAAAUCUGAAGUUACAUUUGAACUUCCUAAACAAUCUCUUGCUUUUCUAAGAAGGAAAAGUAUUGAAACUAAACCUAUUUCAGAAACUCAAACACUUCCAAUAGAAUUUGAUCAAUUUUUAGAUGAAAUACCAUUUACAUUAACAUCACCUGAAUCAACACAAACAAUACAAAACUCUGACAAAGGUAUUUUUGAUGAAGUGUUUAAUACCCAAAGGCAGUCACAAGAUACGAGCAGAGAAGGUGUUGUAGGAAUUAGUUCAACAAAAGAGGAAAACCAAAAUUUCCAUUACACCCAAGAAAACCAAACUGAAAAUACUCUAAAUAAUAUCACAUCACAAGAAAUGCAGCAAAACUCUAUUAGUAAUGAAAGUAAUGAAUUAGUUCAAUUGAUGUCAAUCAUAUCAUAUUUGUCUCAACCUUCUUUAAAUGAAACUAUAUUUUGUAUGAAAAAAGAAUCUAAAUUUUUUACUGGAGAAAACAUAAAAAUUCUUGGGAGUCUUAAUGAAGACACAAUUAAACAAUGUGAGUUUCAUGGAGCAAAGUUUAAAACAAAAUUAACUUCUUCAGUCACUGUAUGCAUUAUUGGUAAUAAUUUAAUAGACUUUAAAGAUGUACUUAAACAAAUGAAAAUUUGUAACGAGAAAAAAAUUGAUGUAGUAGGAAUAGAAUGGAUUUAUGAUUGUUUAACUUGUCAGUUGAAAAUAGAUAGAACAGGCUAUUGUUUAAACGAAGAAGAUUUAAUAGAAAUAAACCAAUUAAAAAGAAAUCAAGGAAUAAUGAAUUAG